CUCGAUAUCCAGGUUUUCUGUCCCAUCCAAUUUCAGUGCUGGUCUCUCUGUUAAAACGCAUCGACCUCCCCAGAUUGCCCAUGACUACUGUACCUCGAACCCAACCACAUUCAUCGUUCGACCUGGAACUGAUGUGAUGUGAAUCAAUCCGUUUGUUGUGUCACAUUAAACCCGACCAGGGCCACGGCCAACCACCACCAGGCACGUCUACCCAGCCAAGCGCCAAGUUUUAUAAAAGCAAGCCGAGAGCAACGCGGAAAAACAAGCUCUCUCCCCAAGUCGGUAGCCAAGUGCACCAUCAAUCCAACUUCUUUGGCAUCUCUCCACGCAACAAUGUCAUCCCAAAGAACUAGUCGCAGGAGCCAGAGUAACAACAUCGAGACUCCAUCCAGUCCAGCAAAAGCCCACACUACAUCCGAAAAACACCAUGCUCAUAUCCUCCCUACCCACCACCGAAGAGAACGACCGACACACAAUCACAAUGGCCACAAGAUCACCAGAGGCAUCAAGCCCGAGGGCGAGAGUGGCAGAAGAGGCAUUCACCCUUGGCACUUCUUGCGAAUCUGCUUCAGAUCCUCCUGCAAUGCCUCUCGAUUAGUGAACAUCCUGUGGCCGGUGGUGCCCGCUGCAAUUGCAGUUCGAUUUGCCUCGCAUCACACACAUACGCUCAUAUUUAUCCUCAAUUAUAUUGCCAUGCUUCCUUGUGCCAAUAUGAUUGGGUUCGCCGGUCAGGAAUUGGCGCGGAAACUGCCCAAGGUCUUUGGCGUGCUUUUGGAAACGACGGUCGGUUCGAUAGUGGAAAUUAUCUUGUUUAUGGUUCUCUUGAGGCAAAACGCAUUUCUGGUUAUCCAAGCUGCCAUUCUAGGAUCCAUUCUAGCAACACAAUUGUUAUGUCUAGGCCUCUGUUUCUUCGCCGGUGGAAUGAGACGGGAAGAGUCCGAGUUUGAGGGUUCUGUCAGCGAAGUUGGAAGCAACCUUUUGUUGACUGCGUAAGUGGAUUAUCCUGUCGAUUGAAAAUGGAAAUUAGUACUAAUAAUUCUCAUAGCGGACUCGGUCUAAUCAUUCCAGCCAUCUUCUACCAAGGUGUCAAGCAAACUGGUUUCGUCCCCGAAGUCGAGCAGCUCACAGCCUUGGUGGUAAGUGUAUCGCGUGUCACAUCCAUCUUCCUCAUCGUGGCCUACAUCUUCUACAUCUGGUUCCAAAUGCGAACUCACCACGGACUCUACGACGCCAUCUUCGAACAAGAUGAACUCAGGGACACAGACCGUCACCGCGAUCUUGCAAAAGACAAACUAACCCUCACCGAAUGCAUCAUCGCCCUCGCUAUCUCCGUCGCUCUUGUAACACUCAUCGCAAUCGGUCUCGUCGACCAAAUUGAAUUCAUCGUCGAAGAACGCGGGGUCUCAGAUCUCUUCAUGGGUCUCAUCCUCGUGCCUCUAGUCGAGAAAUUCGCCGAACAUAUUACCGCCAUCGACGAAGCAUGGGAUAACCAGAUGAACUUUGCACUUUCGCACGUCCUUGGUGCUACCAUUCAGACGGCUCUCUUCAACGCUCCGCUCACUGUUCUCGUCGCCUGGGGCCUAAAGAAACAGAUGGAUUUCAACUUUGACAUUUUCAGUAUGGCUGUCUUGAUCCUCGCCAUCUUGGUGGUUGGAAACUUCUUGCGGGAUCAGAGAUCGAAUUACCUCGAGGGAGCGCUGUGCGUCAUUGUUUACUGCAUCAUUGCGGUCGCGGCAUUUUACUUUCCUAAUAAUCCGCAUCAUCUCGCGGGCGGUGAGGCUGGAAACGCUGCUCAUGCUGGUGUGGGUGAACAUGGUGGGGCAAGUCCUUCUGCUACAGUUCAUUACAUUAAUUGAUCUUUAAUGAUUUAAGGCGUUGCUGCUCUUUUACCUUUUUACGUUGUAGGAUAUACGGGUAUUCAGUGCCCCUUUCCUUGCUCAUGGAUUCACCUUCUGAGCUGAGCUGGAUUUCAUACGGAGUUUCCCUGGAAUAUAGUUGGGAGCGAGCGAGCGAGCAAUCUUUGAUGGCGUGAAGGACUUUAUAGAAUACAUUCGGGAAAAGGGAAGAAAGAAAGUAAAUUCCCUGGAGUUCCGUUUGGGGGUACUUUCUAAUUUAUGAUGGUCCAUCUCUUUUCUUUUUCUUUUUCGUUUUUCUUAAGUAGCAUACCAGCCUACGUGUAUACAAACGAGGCUUGAGCGGAUACCAGACGUAAUGAAUAUUCGGGUUUUUUCUUAGGCUUUCUGAUUUUUUCGUGCUGAUAUAUGUAUUUAUCUUAUAGGCACUGUUCUGUAUAAUUGUCUUCUAAACAGCAAUCCCCGCCGAGGCACACAACCUCACCUGCACCAGGGCUUCCCUCCCCC